AUGUCUUUCUUUGGUUUCGAUUCCAACCUGCCGAGGGACCGUCAACCUGGUCCCUCCGCUACUCGGGGGCUUCUUCGAGAACCCCGAUCCCUUUCGCGGAGGUUGCCCGUGCUAGAGCCCUCGAGGAUGACGACGCGUGAGCUGCCAUUGUUCAUCAUCGUGGAAGACAUCGAUUUCGAGGAUACCUACGAUGGUCUGGGCGACCAACUCGAUGAUGACCAGGAUGCCUUCAACGACGACACUUUCGGCGGCGGCGGCGGCGCUGGUCCCAGCACUGGAGCUGUCGGCAAGGACUUCGAUUUCUUCGGCAAGACUGCGACGGUCGCCGAUGCAAUCGGCGAAGAGCAAAUUCGCUACACCUUGCAGAACCCUCAAGCUGUACUAGUCGCCGGUCAACAUGUUCAGCCCGAUGCGCAGCCUGAGCCGGCAUUCACCAAGCGUAGCGGUUACGAGAAAUAUUCCGACCCCGGAUUCAUUCCCGACCUGCAGGCGAAGUCGAGCGUUUGGGGAGUCUCCCAAAAGAAGCCCGAGCCCAUCCCCUUGCCAGGCAUGUCGGCCGCUCGCAAAAUGAUGAGUCUGGAUGAGGUGGAGGCACAGAUGCAGAUGCGCAACCUUGGCUAUCAGCCAUCGCCAGUGCCGCAAGCUAUGCACCCACACUUGGCUGAUCCAUCUGCCUACAUGCGCCACCCGCAGAACAUCCCGCUCCCCGAUGGUUUCCCAACGAUCCCUCCCGAGGUCUUGCGAGCACAACUUGAAAGAGGUGGUCUUCCCCCGGGAAUGCCUCACCCUCCUCCCGGGAUGCCAGAUAUGCAUGGUCCCCCUCCCGGUAUCCCGGGUAUGCCGCCGCAUCAUAUGCAAGGUAACCCUCCUCAGAACAUACCCCCGCAGGGUAUACCCCCUCAGGGUAUGCGCCAACCCGGCCCGCCCCCCAACCAACGGGCGCCGCAGCAACAGCAACAGCAACAGGUUCCCCCGCCGACUUCAAGAGGUCCCAAUGGUGGACUUCCCGUUAUCACCGAUCCCCAGCAGCUUGUCCAUCUUACUGAGGAGCAGCGCAACGCUUAUCUCGUCGAGGACGCUAAGCGGGCGAAGCGAAACCACAAGAUCUUCUUGCUGUCGCGGGGCAAUGGCUUGAUGACCCCCCAGGACAAGAACUUUAUCACUCGCAUCCAGCUGCAACAGCUUGUCGCGGCGGCUGGUAAUGUAGCGGAUGCUGACCCAGAGGCUGUUCUGGCCGAGGACUUCUACUAUCAGGUUUACAGCCAGAUUCGCGGAGCCCCUCGCCAACACCCCCACCAGCCUCUGGGGCACUUUGCUCAGACAUAUCUACUUCAGACUGGAAAUCGGAUCGGUGGCCAUGGAAACCGCCGAGCCUUCCACAGCGCGGACAACCACAUGCAGCGAAUGCAACAGCAGGUUCAGCGUGCCGUUGAGGCGGCCAAGGCCAAGCCGAAGAACAAGCAGCUGAUCAUUGAAGGAAGCCUGGGCAAGAUCUCCUUCAGUAACGCCAAAGCGCCAAAGCCAAUGCUCAAUAUCAAGCGACCUGACAGCUCAGAGGGACCUCGGCCCAAGAAGUUGCAUUCCGACCUCAGCCUGAGUGACCGCAAGUCGAUCCUGACCAACAUUGAGGGUGUCUACAGCGGUCUCAUGUCCAUGGAGGAUAUGGAGCGUACCAUGCCGCCACCACCCGAGGAGGGCGAUGCAGAGGCGAUUCAGGAACACAUGGAAUGGCGUCAAAAGGCCCGUUCUCUCAACCAAAAGCUCUGGCAAUCCCUGAAAGUUAUGGAGCCCAUUGUCCCCAACUCCACCACCCCGCAUCCGUUCAUUGCGUUCUUGUCCUACCCUAAGGGUAAGAAGGCUAUUCCCCGUAUUUUCCGCCACAUCGACCAGGAGCAGCGCGUGACCAUUCUCACCAUGAUCGUCGUCCACCUGGAUAGUUUGGAUGUGGUUCACUUAGCGCAACCCGUCCCCGGCGAGGCUCAGCUCUCCCUGGCCAUGCGUGAGGCAAUUGACCUGUUCUCGUUGGCUGUGAUGCCUAGCCUGCUCGGAUACGUCAACGAGGCCCCCUUCAACAUUAUCAUCGGCCUUUUGGGCCUGGUCAUUGCCCAGACUCAUGUACAAACUGUUGCUCGCACCAGGGUCGGAUUGGGCAUUUUGACCAUGCUGCUCAGUCGUGCCGAGAUCGUCAAGGAGGCCGGCCAGGCCUCCGAGGUGGAUUGGCAACAGUGGGUAGCCAAGUUCAACGUUCUGUUUGACACUUUGGAGCCCGCAUUGGCCGAUAUCUUCACCAGCCCUAUCAACUCAGGCGACGACAUGUAUGUGUGGCAGUUCCUUGCCGCUGUUGGUAUUGGAGCCAGUCCUGAACAACAGCAACGCCUCGUGAUUGCUGUCAAGGACCGUGUCAUGGAGACCGUUGCCUAUAGCAAGACCCUGCCCGCCGACAUGGCCAGCUCGCGUCUUGGAAACGUCAACCUCUUCAUGCGUGCCAUUGGCCUUGACGUGGAGCUUCUGGGUUAA